AUGGUAUGCAGUUUACUGCUCUUUUACCGAUUAUACUGUGUACUUAACAAGGAGGCAACGUGUGAGACUGAAGAACUGAACGCGAUCGUCGGCAAUGCUUUCAAGAUGGCGUACGCCGCCCAGUUGCAGAAACAGACGAGUUUUCAGGAUGUAAUAGCCUCCUUGGAUCAGAACCAACAAGAUAAAGUACUUUGGACGAAAGAACUAGCUGCCUUAAAAAAAGAAAAAAUCCAGUCACCUCAACGCCAACAGCGCCACCAAUCUGAGAUGGAUAUCGAACUAUCGACAGUCCAAGACGCCUCGACGCUACGGAUGGCACCGCCUUCGUCCUUAUCGGGCUUGAAAUCGGUUCACCAGGAAAAGUUCAACGCCUUCGGACAACCCAAUGCUGCCAACCUCGAAAAAAUAGACAAAAAUAACCAUUCGCAACUGUCAACGCCGAGCAGCGACGAAAGCAACUCGCCCACCGAGAUGAAUUCUUAUAAGAGAAUGACUGAGAAACCGCCUCUCAUCAAGAGGAUAGCGAUGGGUCUAACGGGGAAUAGUAACCAUAACAAUCAUAGUGAUGAGGACAGCUGUCCAUUGGUCAAUGAUAGUACGCCUAGUACACCUGGUAGUCCAACGAACCGCCCCCUAUCAGGUGGUUACGUGAACGAAACCGAAGAAUCCAAAAACCGUUCCAACAAUGCCGUAGAUAAUUUAAAAAACGAAUUAGCUGAAAACAAUUCUAACCUCAAUCUCACCAAACGUAUCGAACUAGACAACACGGUGAAAAGCGACAAAGAUUUCAAAUGCAAACGGAUAUCGCAACUUAGUUCGAGCAGUUCCAGCUCCGGUCCGACCGGCGGCCAGGAAAAUAAUCUAAUAGGGUUAGCUCCAUGGUUUCAAGCAGGGAUUCCCAGAGAAAUAGCCUUGGAGAUUUUAGCACAGGAACCAGUAGGGGCAUUUAUGGUUAGAGAAAGUACCAGUAAACCGGGAUGCUUUGCACUAUCUUUGAGGGUACCCAGGAGUUUUCAACCAACUGGUAUAGCUCAUUAUCUGAUAGUGAGGGCGAAUAAAGGCUACAAAAUUAAGGGCUUUACAAAAGAAUUUACUUCACUAACGUCGUUAAUAACACAUCACUCUGUAAUGCCAGAACUCCUCCCUUGUCCUCUUUCCCUUAGCAGGUACCAUCCGAGUUUCGUAAAAACGGAUUCCAAGAGAGAUUUCGCAGAUAUAGACUUGGACCCAGACUACAACACUUUGGCGGAUUUUAGAAAAAUGAUGGCCGACCUCAACGUGUAG